GCGGAAGUGUCGUAGGGGCAGGGAGGGGUUCUUUACCCGGUCCGGCAGCUGAAGCUCGGCUCUCGGGUUACCCCUGCAGCGACGCCCCCUGGUCCCACCGAUACCACUGCUGCUCCCGCCCCUUCGCUCCUCGGCCGCGCAAUGGGCACCCGCGACGACGAGUACGACUAUCUCUUCAAAGUUGUCCUUAUUGGAGAUUCUGGUGUUGGGAAGAGUAAUCUCUUAUCUCGAUUUACUCGAAAUGAAUUUAAUCUUGAAAGUAAGAGCACCAUUGGAGUAGAGUUUGCAACAAGAAGCAUCCAGGUUGAUGGGAAGACCAUAAAGGCACAGAUAUGGGACACGGCAGGGCAGGAGCGAUACCGAGCUAUAACAUCAGCAUACUAUCGUGGAGCUGUAGGUGCCUUAUUGGUGUAUGACAUUGCUAAACAUCUCACAUAUGAAAAUGUAGAACGAUGGCUGAAAGAACUGAGAGAUCACGCUGAUAGUAACAUUGUUAUCAUGCUUGUGGGCAAUAAGAGUGAUUUGCGUCAUCUCAGGGCAGUUCCUACAGAUGAAGCAAGAGCGUUUGCAGAAAAGAAUGGUUUGUCAUUCAUUGAGACUUCAGCCCUAGACUCUACAAAUGUAGAAGCUGCUUUUCAGACAAUUCUGACAGAGAUCUACCGCAUUGUUUCCCAGAAGCAAAUGUCAGACAGACGUGAAAAUGACAUGUCUCCAAGCAACAAUGUGGUUCCUAUUCAUGUUCCACCAACCACUGAAAACAAGCCAAAGGUGCAGUGCUGUCAGAACAUAUAAGGCGUUUCUCUUCUCCCCUAGAAGGCUGUGUAUAGUCCAUUUCCCAGGUCUGAGAUUUAAAUAUAUUUGUAAUUCUUGUGGUCACUUUGUGUUUUAUUACUUCUCAUACUUAUGGAUUUUCUCAUGUCUUAAGUCUUUUGAUUUUAGCUUUAUAAAAUCAUCCACUUGUCCCGAACGACUGCAGCUUUUUUUCAUGCUUUGGCUUCACUAGCCUUAGUUUAAUAAACUGAAUGUUUGGAUUCCUCAGUUAUUGUUUACUUUUCAUCAUGGAAGCCUGUCACUCUAGGACAUAUUAGAACUUGAUCACUUGAAGCUCAGACCUAUUGGUCUUGAUCAAACUAAGAAGACUUUAGAAGAAAUAAGCUAUCAGUUUGCCACAGAGCAGCUUAUAAUUCAUACACUCUUCUCUCAAUGUAGUGUAUAUUUCCACAAAUCUAAGAAUUUCCCUAUAAACAGCAGGAUUUUGAGAGCUUGAAAAUUUUCCAUUAUUCUGGAAAUCAAUUUCUAAAAUGCCUUAAUAGGAUUAAGUAGUUUAGUAAAUUUUGUUUUUUAAUUUUUGUAAGCAUCAAAGUUGAUUAGAGAGGGGGACACUUUUUCUGGACAAGAAUUAUCUUAAUAAACAAAAGACUGUUUUAUGGUUUCAGUAGCAGUGUGGUUAUGGAGCCAUAUGUUAAACGAUGCUGCCUGGCAGGCUGGGAACUUGAGAGACUGGUGGAAUUCCAUCUGAGAUGCCUCUGUUGAAAUGAUCAGGCAGCCCGAUUCAUUGAACUCAUCUAAUUUCCUGGCAGUAGAUUAUGUGGCAUUUUAUUGCUCAGGCAAUAACUGAUUUAAUGCUGUUAGUAUCAAAUUGUGAAGUGUUAAUUUUGUCUUAAAACCUUCCAGUAAAUGAAAUGCAACCUAGUUUUAUCACCAUAUCUAUCAGCAGGCAUGGAUGAUUAUUUUAACAAUGCUAAUUUUUGAGUUUUGCAAUAUAUUAAGGAAUACAGUCCAGUUAAAUAUCUGGUGUCAGUAUGUCUGAAGAAUAUAGUGAGAGGUUACUUUCUGCUCAAGUGGUACCACUUAACGGCAUGUAUUCUUUUAGUAUGUAGUACCUUGAGUUUAAAUAGAAUGCAUUUAGGCAUUAUACAAACCUGAACUACUUUUUCCCCAUUACAUUAUUAAAAUCGGUGGAGCAACUAGUUUCCCAUUUAGAAAUGUGCACUACUAAUACUGAAUUUUACUUUCUUGUGGAUAAUAUUAAGCACUUACUCUGCAGUGUUCUGAAAGUUGUGUCAACUGAAUUGAUACUAUUCAGGAUGGUGGAAUAUCCCCCAAGUACAAAAAUAUGUGUGUGUGGGCUUGCAUAGAUUACUAUGUUUCAUAGUUAAUCUAUCUUUUGCGGUGCUCAUGACGUGUGGGGCACACGGAAGGCAUUGCUGUGGUCAGUCUUUUUGGUUUUCUUCUGUAGCCACUUAUUAUUUUAGAGUAUUAGUUGGUUAUGAAGAUACUAUUAUCUAUUUGUAAAUCGCUACUUUGUAUUUUAUGCAUGCUCUGUAACUUGAUUUAUUUUUGUUUUAAUUUUAUUUUUUAGUUAUUGAUUUGGAAUAUAUUCACAUUCUAAUAAACAGUUAUAGGGGGACUAUUC